UUGAAAUUUGUUCCGUGUAAGAUUUACAACACGUGUUUUUAUAUAAUAUGCUUUUUAUAAAUUUUAACGAAUUUUCAUUAGAUUUGGAUAUAAUAUUUUUCAUGACGAGAAAAAUGUCGAAAAAAAUUUAUUUGUUCCCCCAUUAUCUGACAAUUUCUCUUAUAAAAUGCUUGAAGAGUGGAUCAAAGAAAAUAGUCAUUUAAGAACCUUCCUUCCUAGGUGAUUACUAUGUCAUGUCUCAAUUCAUAACACAAUUGUUAUUAAUUAAUUGUUUAAUAUUCAGCUACCCGAAUUCAAAUUUCUUGAAUUCUUUGAAGAUGCCUAUAAUUAAAUUUCAAGAAUUUGUUCAAUUUGAUUAUAUUCCGUUAAAAUCAAAUUCUUAUUCAUCUUACGAAAGAUUAAGUAUAUUGCUAGAGGUUAAUGAUUUUGCAUUUAAAUUUAAAGAAGCGACUUUGUGUAAAGAACGGUUAUUAGCCGAUCUACUAUUGAUGGAUUGUCCAACAGAUUUACGAUUGUCUGCAAUGAUUAAAGAAUCAGUCGAUGACUCACUGAACACGAAUGAUUUUAUAAAAGAAUGUUUAUAUAAAAGUGCUCGAGAUAUUCUAUGUCCUAAAGAAUAUGUAUUCAGUCUCAAUAGUAAAGGAGAAAAAAUAAAGGUUCCGUAUAAUCUUGAACGUAUGAAGUUAUAUACAACUAGUUAUUAUGAUCAUAAUGGAUUUACUCUCACAAUAAGCAAGAUUUCAGAACUAGAAACAAGUAUUGUCAGGCCAGAGAUUAAGUUGAUUUAUAAACCAACAAGUAUAUCAAACUCACAAACUAUUGAAAACUUAUUUAAUUCCUCUUCUGAAUUAAAUAAAAAAGAGGAAAAUGAGAAUCACGAACUUACUUCGGAAACAAAAAUUAGUAAUGAAAAGAAUGAUAGUUAUUCAGAACAAUGGAAAAUAUUCAUUUUAACUUCAUUAGAAAUUAUUAAUGAUAUAGGAAAAUAAAUCAUUAGAACGCACCCUUAUUUUUAUGAAUAAUUCAAUUUUUGAUUGUUGUGAAUAGCUUGAAACAAUUAACUUAUCCUUCAUUUUUAACAAUUUUCACUCGUUCAUCUUUAUUACGCGUGUUACGAGUUAUCGCAUGGAUCAAUUUAUAUUUUUCGGAAGACAAAUUGUAACAAAAUAAAGAAAUUACAAAUAUCGAAGAACAUUCCCAGCGCAGCACAAGAAAAUUUUUUAUACUUUAGCAGCGAAAUACAUCACAUUGUCUGUAGCGUGUAAGAUUUAUGAAUCAAAACCUAUUUACUAUCUAUCUGAUUAUUUUUGGGAUAAAAUAUCUCUCUUAAUUAUACAUUAUU